AUGGCCUCCGUACGCAUCCCUUUCCUCCUACGCACAUCCGCCCGCUCGUUGCGGCCGCGCGCCAUCCCCGCACUCUCCCCAGGUUUCGUGCGGAGCGUGUCAACGAAGCACCCGGCCGGUUUUACGCCACCCACAGAGGAGGACCUCAUCGAGCUGCGAGAACGAGUACAAGACUUCACGAGGAGAGAGAUCCCGGAAGAGGUAGCUGCACGGACAGACGAGCAGAAUGAGUUCCCAGCGGACAUGUGGAAGAAGUUAGGUGAUGCUGGGUUACUCGGUGUCACUGCCAACGAAGAAUAUGGUGGUUUGGGGAUGGGCUACCAGGCCCACUGCGUGGUGAUGGAAGAGCUUAGCAGAGCCUCAGGCAGUAUCGGCUUGUCUUACGCCGCUCAUUCCCAGCUCUGCGUCAACCAGCUCUCCUUGAACGGCUCAGUAGCGCAGAAAGAGAAAUACCUACCAGGUCUUCUAUCGGGUGAAAAGAUUGGCGCUCUGGCCAUGUCCGAGCACUCUGCUGGGUCCGAUGUGGUCAGUAUGAAGACUACAGCAAAGGAGGUGGAUGGUGGCUGGGUGCUGAAUGGCACCAAAAUGUGGAUCACCAAUGGCCCUGACGCAGACUUCAUCGUUGUAUAUGCCAAGACCGAGCCCGAGAAGGCCUCCAAAGGUAUUACUGCUUUCGUGGUUGAGAAGGGCUUCGAGGGCUUCUCUUGUGCCCGUAAAUUGGACAAGCUUGGCAUGCGCGGCUCCAACACAGGCGAACUCAUCUUUGAAGACGUCUUUGUGCCCCGAGAAAACCUUCUUGGUGAGGUGAACCGCGGCGUCAAAGUCCUGAUGGAAGGUCUUGAUUUGGAACGACUCGUCUUGAGCGCAGGACCUCUUGGUAUCAUGCAAGCUGCUCUUGACCUUGUUUUACCUUACACCCACGUCCGAAAGCAGUUUGGUACCCCCAUUGCUCACAACCAGUUGAUUCAGGGCAAAUUGGCAGACAUGUACACCAAGCUUGCUGCGUCGCGAUCAUACACAUACGCUACAGCACGUGAAGUAGACAACGGUGCCGCUUCACCGAGUCCGCUUGUGAUCCGGACACAGGACUGCGCUGGAGCGAUUCUCUACGCUGCCGAGCGCGCCACAGAAUGCGCACUGGACGCUAUCCAGCUCAUGGGCGGAAACGGCUACAUCAACGAGAUCUCCGCUGGACGCCUACUACGAGAUGCGAAGUUGUACGAGAUCGGAGCUGGCACGAGCGAGAUCAGACGGAUAGUUAUCGGUCGCGCUUUCAACAAAGAGUAUGCCUAG